GGACCCCUCCGCGCUCGGGCUGAGUUUCCGGGGGGGACGGGGACGCCAGGAUGACGUCAAUGAGAGGCGUCCGGAUGCGCUUCCGGGGGCGUUCUAUCAGCGGGACACCACCCGGAAGCCCCCUUGUUGUGGCGGAAGUAGGUGCUCUCUGGAAGUAGUGGAGGGAGAAGCGUGGCUGUCAACGAUGAUCCAGGCGAUUCUGGUUUUCAACAACCACGGGAAGCCGCGGCUGGUCCGCUUCUACCAGCGCUUCCCAGAAGACAUUCAACAGCAGAUUGUCCGGGAGACUUUCCAUCUGGUCCUCAAGCGUGACGACAACAUCUGUAACUUCUUGGAAGGUGGAAGCUUGAUUGGCGGCUCUGACUACAAGCUGAUUUACCGGCACUACGCCACCCUCUACUUCGUGUUCUGUGUGGACUCGUCAGAGAGUGAACUUGGGAUCUUGGACCUCAUCCAGGUUUUUGUGGAGACUCUGGAUAAGUGUUUUGAAAAUGUGUGUGAGUUGGACUUGAUCUUCCAUAUGGACAAGGUGCACUACAUCCUCCAGGAGGUGGUGAUGGGCGGGAUGGUGCUGGAGACCAACAUGAAUGAGAUCGUGGCUCAGAUAGACGCUCAGAGCAGGCUGGAGAAGUCGGAGGGCGGUCUGUCCGCAGCCCCGGCCCGCGCCGUGUCCGCAGUGAAGAACAUCAACCUGCCCGAGAUCCCGCGCAACAUCAACCUCGGUGACCUCAACAUCAAAGUCCCCAACCUGUCCCAGUUCGUGUGAGCCGCACAGUUCCUCAGCCGCAGAGCGCCUCUACCUGGAGCCAGAGGCGGGCACCGCGGGAGAACGGGGAGCACCCCACCCCCGCCCUGCCUCCCCGCACCCCACGGCCCCUGUGGUAGUCCCCAGCUGCUGCAGGACAGGGACUGUGGGGGGGGGGCAGAGCCUCCAGUGCAAGCAAGUGUCUGACUAGAACCUUCCUCAGCUCCUGGGCUUCCGAGUCCUGCAGACACGGUGGGGCGGGCCCGUGCCGCGUCCGCUGUGGGAGAGGCAGCCUCCCGAAUGGGCCUGGACGAGCUGGCGCAGGUGAGCGGACUGGGCCCCUCUCUCGAGUCUCCCCACGCCCACGUCCCUUCGCCCCAAGAUGGUAAAAUGGGAAUAAAGGAAGGAAACGCA